AUGCACCUUCAAGGGGUUCCAGACAAGAUAAUGUGCAAAGCCUUCCCUACCACCCUUAAAGGGCCCGCACGAGUAUGGUUUAGCAAGAUACCUUCGAAUACAGUGAGUUCCUUCGAAGAGUUGAGCAAGUUAUUUAUCAAUAAUUUCAUCGGAGGACAAAGGCACAAACGUUCCUCGUCCAGCUUGCUAACCAUAGAACAAGGAAAGAAUGAAAGCUUACGGUCUUUCAUUACUCGUUUCAACAGGGAAGCCCUAACAGUGGAUGAGACGGAUGACAAGUUACUAUUGGCGUCCUUCCAUAAUGGAGUUAAUUCUGACCUAUUCAUCCACAAGCUUUACGAGCAAGAGCCUCAGACCAUGGUUGAACUCGUCCAUUCAGCCCAAAACUUUAUGAAUGCAGAAGAUGCAAUUAUAGCCAAGAAGAGGAAAAGAGUUGAGAGAAUGGAGGCAGAUCCCUUGUGCCACUCCGACCAAGGUCCUCAUCCAAAGAAGGGGCGUAUGGGAGAGAAGAAAGACCGAGACAAUAAAAAGCCAGACUCUUCAGCGCGGAGUGAACAAUACACCCCUUUGAACAUGCCACUUGAGCAGGUUCUUAUGUAA